AUGGCGGCGGACUAUCAGCAAGGAGACAGCUAGUUAAUGCGAGUGGAAGUCUCUGGCAGCCCGCUGGAAGCCGGACAGGAGAUAUUUAGCCCUCGCAGAGCUGAGAUUUCUCUGGCGGACAUCUCGCAUGAAGCAGUCUCCCUCUUGUUUUAGCCACAGAAACUGCGGUGAUGGAGGACGAGGAGAGGCAAAAGAAGCUGGAGGCCGGCAAAGCAAAGCUGGCUGAGUACCGCAUGAGAAAAGCUCACGCCGACUCCCAGAAAAAGCAGAAGAAGAAGAAGAAAAAGCAGGAGUACUCGGAGGGGGAUUCACAGGGGAGGGGGCAGACGGAGCCGGAUCGGCCUGAGGGGGUCGAGGACGUCUCGAGUGGAGGACUGGAUGGAAUGCAAGAGGCAAAUAAAGACCCUCCCACCACAGAGUUCACCUUCACCAGGACGCUGAGGAGCGGAGAGACGGUCAAGCAUGACCAGACCUACAACAUAGAGCCGGAGAGCGAAGUUUCCACCACUGCAGAAGAUUAUUCCUCAGAGGUAAAUGGGUGCCACGAUGAGAUGACAGACAACAUAAUGAUGUCUUCCAAGGAUUUUAUCUGGGAGGAGGUGGAGCCCCUGCAGCAGGUGACGAAAGGAGGAAUGAUGCAAGACAUGGAGGAUGCGCUGUUGGCCAAGACGCGAGCGGUGGAGGAGCUGAGCCGAGAGCUGGAGGAAAUCCGAGCUGCUUUUGGGACAGAAGGAAUACAACAGCUGCAGGACUUCGAAGCAGCUUUGAAGCAGCGAGACGGCAUCAUCACUCAGCUCACAUCCAACCUUCAGCAGGCCCGCGAAGAGAAGGACGAGAUCAUGAAAGAGUUCCUGGCUCUGACAGAACAAAGCCAAAAGCUGCAGAUUCAGUUCCAGCAGCUGCAGGCAGGCGAGACGCUGAGGAAUACGAGUCACAGCAGCACUGCGGCCGAUCUUCUGCAGGCCCGGCAGCAGCUGGUUCACUACCAACAGCAAAUAGAGGAGAUAAAUGUUGAGGUGAAGAAACACCAAGAGAGGAGCAGCGAACAGCUGGAGCAAAUCAGCAGGCUCCAGCACCAGCUCGCCGAAAUGGAGACGUCGGGGAGGAGAUCAGAAGAAACGCUCACAGGGAGGAUAAACGAGAAGGACAUGCUGAUUGCUGAGCAAGAAAAGGUCAUUUUGAGUCGGGAGCAGUCGCUGGCUGAGCUGAGGACAGCCGAGGAGACUUUUGCACAAACUCUGAAAGAGAAAAAUCAGUUAAUUUUAGAGCAAACGGCAAUAAUCACUGAGCACGAGAGGUCGUUGACCCUGCUCAGGGACGAGCUUGCUCAUGUGGGAAGGACUACUGAUGAGAAUAUUAGGAACCAGUCAGAUGAGAAAGACCUGAUCAUAGCAGAGCAGGAGAGGAUCAUUUCUGAGCGCGAUGGCUCAAUCGCACAGCUGGAGGAUGAGCUGGAGACGUCAGAAAAAUGUCUGCGUGACCUCAAGCAGCGGAUGGUUUCCAAUGAAUCCGAGCUUGAGAAUUGUUUGAGCGAGUUGGAAAGCACCAAGUCUGACUUGGACAGUUGUAAGCGUGAAUUUGAAAGCUGCAAAUUGCAAUUAGAGAAUGAGCAAAAAGAGAUGGAAGUCUGCAAGGGUGAACUUGCAGCCUCCAGGCAGAAAGAGCGAAUGUCUUCCACUGAAAUCAUGCAGCUUAUGGGUACGGUGGAGGAUCUGCAGAAGCGUUGUCACCAGGGGAGCCUUUCAGAGAGUGACGCCAUGAAAAAAAUGCAGGAAGACACUGUGAGGAAGCUGGACGCACUCAGGGCUGAGCUGGAUGAGAUGUAUGGAGAGCAGAUUGUCCAGAUGAAGCAGGAGCUGAAUUUACAACAUGCGGCGAGAGUCCAGCAAAUCACCGAGCAGCAUCACGCCGAGCUGGAGCUUCUUAAAGCGCAACUCUCUCAAACUACAAUCAUUAGCAAUUCUGAGGUAGAAAAUCUAAACACAAAGGUGAGAGAGCUUCAACAGGCUUCAGAGCAAUCUCGAACGAUGCACGAUAGAACGAAACACGAGCUCGGUGAAGUCACACAAGAGAAACUCAACCUGCAGGCCAGGGUUGAGGAGCUUCUUCGAGAUCUUCGUUCAGCUAACGAAAAAGUGGAGCAGGUCUCCCACAGUCUUAUCUCUCAGGAAAGCAAACAAGACGAACUGCAGCAGCUCCAGGAGACGACGGAGAGUCUGAAGAGGGAGCUGACCGCUGCUCAGGAAUCUGCCGUCGAAGCAGAAACAAAACACGAGUCCGAAAUCACCAAUUACAAGAUCAAGUUGGAGAUGCUCGAGAGAGAAAAAGAUGCCGUAUUGGACCGCAUGGCGGAGUCGCAGGAGGCGGAGCUGGAGCGGCUGAGAACUCAGCUUCUCUUCAGCCACGAGGAAGAGCUCACGAACCUCCGCGAAGAACUGCAAAGAGAGAGCUUCCUCAACACAGAGAACCUUCUCAAUGAAGCUGCGACCAAACACGAAAAAGCGCUGCACGAGUUACGCGUUAGUUACGACGAGGAGCUGAACUUGUUAAAAAGAGAGAAGGCAAACUUUGCCACGGAGCGAGAUGAACUUCUGCACCAAAUCGACGAGCUCAAAGAAGAUCUGAAUCUGGCUUUGCACAGCUCAAAAGCAGAGGAGCUUGUUCAGCAGCUGAAGGAGCUUCAGUUAGAGCUGGAGGAACUGAAGAGGGUGGGACAGGAACGAGCCAGACUGGAGAAAGAACUUCAGAUGUUACAAAAACAGACAAAAGAGAAGGAGCAGUGUUGGGAGAAUAAACUUAAGGAACAAGAACAGGAGAAAGAGACAAUAAUCAAAUCUAGUAAUACUUUAAAAGAAGAGCUGAGCUCAGAAAAGUUGCGAACAGAAAGACUGACAUCGGAGAACAGUGCAAUGCAGCAGCAAGUGGCUGAGCUGCGCGAUGAAGUCGAAAAACAGAGAACAACUUUCUCCUUCGCAGAAAAGAAUUUCGAUGUCAACUACCAGGAGCUCAAAGAGGAGUACAGGUGUCUUGUAGAGGCGAAGUUGAAGUUAGAGGAGAGGUCGCUGAGGGAGACGCUGGAAUUUGAAGCAAAGAUUUCCAACUUUCAGUCACAGAUUCGAGAGCUGGAAGAGAGCAGCGGAGGUGCUGAUGGUACAGCUGUUCAAGAAAAAGAUUCCACUGAACUAAUGGAGAAGCUCAACGUUACAUUGAACGAGAAGACGAGCCUGGCUGGACGGCUCUCUGAAGUUACAGAGCAACUGAGGCUCGCGGAGAGAAAAGUUGGAGAGCUGGAAAAGGAGCUGACGAACUCCAGACAAGAAACUGCGAAAGUCACUGCUCAAAAGGAAAGCUCUGGGAAGAAACUGGAAAAGAAGCAAGAGAUUAUGAGAGAGCAGAUGAGAGGGCACGGUGCCCAAAGACAGGCUAAGCUCCAGCAGGAACUGCAGGAUCUUGAGCCUUUGGAGGAUCAUCAUCUUCAGAUUCAAUCUCUGCAAGAGGAGAUAAAGUCUCUACAAUCCCUGCUACGCGGAGCCGAAGCUGAGAGAGACAGCAUCAGGCAGACUCUGGAUAUCCAGAGGCUCUCGCAGACGCCGUCUCCAGCGGCGGUGCAGUCCUCGGGGGAGGGACCUGUUGAAGGGCGAGCCUCCCCGCUCAAGUCCACAGCUUCAGGGUCAAGCAGGCGAAAGAGACGGCAGAGGUCGAAGCAGGAGCGCAAAGUGGGCACCGCUCCGUCAGACGGCAGAGAGGAGAGGCAAAGGGAGGAGGACGAGGAGGCAGCGGUGUUGGAAGAGAGAGCUAAAAGUGCUGCAGAGGAGGAGAUGCAGCCUCAGAUGGAGAGCCAGGUUGUGUCACGCUCGCAGGAGAGGGCCGGCGAGGAGGACUCCACUGACGGGCACCAGGGAGACGGAGGCAGGAGCUACAUCAACAAAGGGGUGACCAGGCGUGGGACGGAUGGCAACGCCAAGCACGCCGCGGGCCGACGAGCAGAGCAAGACGGAGCGGCUACAGAGCAUGGAGAGUGCAGGCUUCAGAUGGAGGCCCAGCGUCUCAGCCUGUCCCAGAUCCAUGCUGCCCAGCUUGAGUUGCUGCAGGAGGAGACGGACUCCCAGACACUCUCCAUGCAGCUGAAGCUGCAGGACCUGAAAGACCAUCAGGGUGACCUGGAUGGACAAAAACUCUCCAAAUACCAGAACAUGAUGCAGGCUGUGUCAGAGGAAUGCAAUCAGAUCAUUCUGUCUUUUCGAAAGGUGUUUGGUGAAGACUUUUUAGAGCGGGUGGAUGCAGAGACCCGGCCUCAUGUUCAGGAGGAAAGACAAACAACCAGUGAAUCUACUUCCAUUGUCCUGGAGGCCAAAGAGCUUUACAGAGAUCUCCAGCAGGUGAGGGACGCGAUUGAACAGGAACAUUGUCGACUUUCACAGCUCCAGGCUGUGCUGAGAGCCGACGGAAACAAGAUCACUGAACUGCAGACGGCAUAUGAUGAGCUGAAGACCAGCAGUCAGAAGCAGAUCUCAGAGCUGCGUGUUCAGGUUUCCACCUCCAGCGCCUCACCAAGCAAAGGUGCAUCUGCAGUUCACCUCCCAGAUCGGGACGAGCCGGCUGCUUCUCCAGCCACCACUUUGACGGAGGUGCAGAGGUUGAAGGUUGAGGCCCAGGAGAAGCAGCAGCAGCUGGAGGAGUGUCACCGGCAGGAAAUGGAGCGCCUCAGGGCUCACUACCAGCAGCAGGCCACAGAGACCGAGGAGCGAUACGCCACGGAGCUCUUCAUGCUGCAGCAGCGGCUGCAGGAGGUCACCGGAGCUCAGACCUGUGACAGCCUCUCCAGCACUGCUGAGUCCAGCUCUCAGAGGACGGAUGAGCACACAGAGGAGCCAAAGGAGCUGCGUGAGGCAGAGCUGUCAGAGGGCGGCGAAGAGCUGCUCCGCUCCGUCAGGUCCGCCGGCCUGACGGCACAGCUGCAGGCGCUGAGGAAGGCUCUCUACAACAAGUACCUCCAAGAGGUGGCGGCUCUCAAGGAGCAGCACAGCAGCGAGCUGAGGAGCCUGAGAGAAGAGAGAGAACAGGAGAGCAAAGGAGGGGACCGUCUCGGAGAGACAAAACAGGACUUCAGCGCCGACAGCUCGGCCGGGAGCCUCGGGCAAACCAGGCGGGUCCCCGAGGAGGAGACAAGGCACCAAGAGAAAGUAGAGGAGGAGGUCGCUAAGGCCAUCGUUCAGAUGUCGGUGGAGUUCGCGCAGAAGAGCGAGCUGGCCAGAAUCAACAAGCGCGCCUGCCAGGCGAGCACCUCCAUGCAGACGCACCUGGACCAAGUCGAUGCGGAGGAGACGGAGACGGAGGAGCUGACUCCCAGAGCGUCCCUCUCCUCUUCGGGUGCCUGGAUGGAGGAGGUGGAGCGGGAGCGGCUGGAGAGGGAGCUGGAGGAGAGGAACGUGGAGAUCAGGAAGCUGAAGGAGGAGCUCCAGAAAGCUGAAUCAGGACCCGAGCAGGCCUUGAAGAAGAGCGACGAUGAGGAGCCACAAGUUGAGGAUCCAAGUCGACCAGGUGUAUCGCAGGAUUCUGGACUCAAACUGUCCUCCAAGGAUGAUGGAGAGUCUCCUGAUAAAGAUACUGAAAGGAACCUCCUUCGUAAAGCCAACAAGAAGCUCAGUGAGGUCCUGAUGGAAGUUCUGAAGACCACAGCAGCAGCCGAGGAGACGAUGGGCCUCCACAUGCAGAGUCUGCGAGACGUUUCCGAUGAAAUGGCACCGCCGCACUCCACCACACAGAGAGCGACGCGGCAGAGAGGAAACACUGCAUCCAACAGACCUCCUGCUGCAGAAAGUUUCCAGGGCAGCGAGAUGCUUGAAGGCGGAUGGUCUGCAGAGUUGGGAGCUGAUGAGGGUCUGGAGCUGUCACAGCAGAUGAUGGACAGCCUGCUGCUCGGUGCGGCGCCACAACUCCAGCACGAGGAAUAUCUGAUGGGCAUCAGCAGCCGUCUGCAGACCGCUCUGGAGAAGAUGCUGAUGGCCAUCACCGACACCACAAACCAGCUCGAACAUGCCCGGAUGACCCAGACGGAGCUGAUGCGGGAGUCCUUCCGCCACAAUCAGGAGAUGAGCGAGCUGCUGCAGAAGCAAGAGGAGCUGCAGGAGAGGCUGUCGGAGGAGGCUCGGGCACGAGAGCAGCUGGCUCUGGAGCUUCACCGCGCUGAGGGUCUGAUUGAUGGCUACACGGGAGAGCGCACCGCGUUGGAGGAGCAGUUGCGUCAGAAGGAGGAACUCCAGCUGAGUUUGGAGCAAGAGCUGCAGGUAACGAGCAGCCGGCUGCACGAGUUGGAGCAGGAGAGGCUUCAGAUGCAGGAAGAGCGUGAGCUGCUGUCACGGCAACAGGACGCCAUGAGGGAGGACGCCGGGCCCCGAGAGCUCCGCCUAGUUGAAGCUGCAUUGGUUGCAGCACCUGAAGCAGACCUGCUGGAGGAGACGGAGAAGCUGAUGAAGGAGAAGGUGGAGGUGCAGCGGCAGGCGGAGAAGGAGAACACGGAGCUCCUGAAGCAGGUGAAGCUGCUGGAGGCGGAGCUGGAGGAGCAGGUCAACAGGGUGAUCGAGCUGGAGCAGGCCCAAACCACCGAGAGCGGAGACCUGCGGCAGCAAGUCCAGGCUCUGGAGAAACAGCUGGACAAGAACCGCAAGUUCCUCGAUGAACAAGCUGUGGACCGAGAACACGAGAGGGAUUUCUUCCAGCAGGAGAUCCAGAAACUGGAGCAGCAGCUGAAGAAUCCGCAGAAGCUUCAGGCCGGCUCUGAGCAAAGAAACCAAGAGGUGGACCAGCUGACCUCCCAGCUGAAGGAGAAGGCGGAUUGGUGCAGUGAGCUGCUGCUCAGCUCGGAGCAGAUGCGUCGUGAGUUGGGAGAGCGCGACGAGGAGAUUGACAAGCUGGAGAGCCGCAUCCGCGAGCUGGAGCAGGCCCUGCUGGCCAGCGCUGAGUCCCUGGAGAAGGUUGAACAGAAGAAGCAGCAUGCGUCCAUCACCGAGGCGAAACACUCCACACUGGAGGCGCAGUUACAAACGGAGAGAGAAGCGCUGGAGCGGAAAGAAAAGGAGAUCUGUAACCUGGAGGAGCAGCUGGAGCAGUUCAGAGAGGAGCUGGAGAACAAGAGCGAGGAGGUGCAGCAGCUCCACAUGCAGCUGGAGAUCCAGAAGAAGGAGAUCAGCAGCCAGCAGCAAUACCUAGAAACAAGGGAGAGCAUGUUUCAGGUGAUGGAGGAGAAGGACAGGGAAAUAGCACUUCUUAAUGAACAGAUCACUAAGCUUCAACACACGGAGACAGCCUCUGAUAACAAGGAGCUUGAUGAUCGGGCUGAGCUGAUCAAAGACCUGGAGUCCCAGGUGGAGUGCCUAAAGAGCGAACAGGACCGGCUGAAGAGAAACAACGAGGAAGAGCUAGACCAACUGAAUGCAGUCAUAGACAAACUCCAGGAGGAACUGGCUAACAUCGAGCAAAAGCCCACAACCGAGGAGGAUGAAGACGCAAAGGCGGAGUUGGAGAGCACCGUGCGUAAAGAGGAAUACGAUGAACUGAAGCAGAGGAUGGACCAGGCCACCAAAGAGCUGGACACACUCAAAGCAGAGCACAGUAAGCUUCUGGAGACGUACCUGCGCUUGAAAGAGAGCGCAGAAGCCUUAGCCGAGACAGAACAGCUGGAGAGCUCCGAGUCGGAGCUGGAAGAAGCUCUCAGGGAGAAGACUGCAGGCCUCGUUGUCAUGCAGGCGCAAGUACAAGCUCUGGAGCAGAGCGCAGCAUCCAAAGUGGAGCAGCUGGACGUCCGGAUCCGGGAGCUCCAGGACCUGGUCGACGAAAAGGACUCUGAGAUCAGCCGCUGUCGCCGGCUCGUGGAGCAGACGCAAAGCCACGCAGAUGGCCUCCAGCAGAGGAUCUCAAAGCUGGAGGAAAGCCUGAGGGAAAGAGUGGCAGCAGCACUGGUUAGCCAGGCCACGCUGGAGGCCCUCCAACAGCAGCAGCAACUACAACAGCAGCAGCAGCAACUUCAGCAACAGCCGCCAACAGGUUCCAGACAGGAACCGCAGAAACCCGCCGAGCCCCCCGUCCAUGACCCCGCUGACUUCGGCUUCCCCCAAAUGGACUUCAGCGGAGUGGAUCAAUCAAAGCAGGCACCCAAAGGGAAGGUGGCCCAUCUGACUCAGAAGCUCCGGGAGCUGGAGGCGGGGCUGGGCCAGAUGCAGGAGGACCAGGAGCUGCAGAGGCAGCUCCUCUCCAGCCCAGAGGAGGAGCUGCUGGAGUACGAGAGGAGGCUGGAGGUGCUGGUGGAUCUGCUCAGUCACAUGACGUCCAGGACACAGCAGAGGGCGCCGUCUGUGGAGGUGUCGUCUGGCGAGCAGCCGGCCGCUUCGCAGCUUCUUCAGCAGCUGCAGGAGGUCCGAGACGAGGUGUCGACCACCAAAGAGCAGCUGGACAGCUCCAAGCAGAGCUGCUGCAGACUGGAGGAGGAGCUGCAAGAGAAAACUUCAACAAUAGAGAGACUCCAGGAGCAACUUCAGAAGGCGUCAUCUCAAGGCAGUGGAGACACAGAGGACUCUGAGCUUCAACGAGAACUGACGGAGACUCGGAAUGAGGCAGCGGCCACCAAAGAGGACCUGAACAGCUGCAAGGAGAGUUUGGAGAAGCUGCAGGAGCUGCUGCAGGAGCGGGAAAUGACCAUCGCUCAGCUUAAGGUGGAAAUAUUCCAGGUCAAAGCCGACGAAGACAAACCUGACAGCACAGAGCUCCUCCUGGAGCUCGAGAAGGUCCGAAACGAUGCCGCUUCCACCAAAGAAGAGCUCAGCAGCACCAAGGAGCAGAGCGAGAAGCUCCAGGAGGAUCUCCGAGGCAGCAAAGUCUCACUUUCUAAAUUUCAAGAAGAGCUCCAGGAGGUCCGAAUGAAUUUUGAAACCACCAAAGAAGAACUCAGCGGCUCCAGGCAGCAGAAUGAGAAACUCCAGGAGGAACUGCACCAUCGGGAGCUCGCCAUUUCUAAACUUACAGAGGAGCUUCAUGACGUACGGACAGCCGUGACGAAGACGGAGGAGUCCGGUCCUCCUUCUCCGUCUCCCUCUCCGUCUCCUCAGCCUCCUUCCUCGACUUCUUCCACAACGCAGCCCAAAAGGAAAGGAAGCAAACAGCCGGCCGUGAAGGGAAGCAGCGCCAAAGAUAAACCGUCUGUGUCCAGGAAGAACUCGUCCACUUCCAGCCAGUCCUCCGGCAAACCGCACAGCCCUCGUCCGAACGGCAGCUCGGAGCAGCAACACGCGGCCGUCGCCGACUCGUCCACGCAGACCGAACCGCUCCAGACGUCCGACCUCGGCCAAGGAGGGGAGUCCGCCGCCAAAGAGGAGGUGGAGGAAGUGAUCGGGGAGUUCCAGGAGAAGAUUGUGCAGAUGCAGGAGCUCCACGCUGCCGAGAUCCUGGACAUGGAGGCGCGACACAUUUCAGAGAGCGAGAACCUGCGGAGAGACAACCAGGCCCUGGAGGACGAGUGCAAAGCUCUAAAGGCCGUGAUAGACAAGCUGCGCUCUGCUGAGGUUUCGUCAUUAAGACAAGAUCGCUCACCAUCACACUUCAAGGAUGGCUACACCAGCGACAGCAGCUCAGACUACAGCCAGAGGACUGGAUACGACCUCCCGAGUUUACAGCAGGAGUUCAGGACGACUCCCGAGGGCGCCAGGCGAGAAACGGACGACGCGCUGUCCGAUCGGAUCAAGACGCUGCUCAGAGAGGUGCACCAGGAGGGCAUGCAGGUCCUCUCCCUGUCGGAGCUGCCCAUCCCUGAAGGCGAGCCCGCCGGCCACUUCAACCUCCAGGGCUGGGCGAAGGAGAGAGACGCGCUGCUGGCGACCGUGGAGUCUCUGAAGAACCUCGUCACGCAGAUGCAGACGCACAGAGAAACGCAGGCGUCGGGUGCCGACUGGCGCCGGCAGCUCCUGGACGCAGUGCGGCAGGUGUUUUUGAGGGAACGCGGCGUCCUGAAGAACGCCCUCUACAGCCAGCUGGACCUGCUGGACACCAACGACGCCAUCAUUCACCUCAAUCAGCUGGAGCGCAGACUGGCCGAGCAGGACAUCCAGCACAGAGAAGCCAUGAGUUCUCUGCACACUGCAGACAGAUCCAGUCUCAUCUCUGAGCUUCAUCAGCUGCGCGCUCAACUGGAACAAAUUCAUCAAGGGGUCCAGCCCGCCCUCAGACUGGCUGGUGAAUGUAGCAUGACGGAGCAGAGGGCCGGAGGAGGAGGAGGAGGAGGAGGAGGAGGAAGCUCUGACGGAGUAGCGGAGGGCGACAGGCUGCUGCUGGAGGAGCUGAGGAGCGAACUUUCCCAGACUAAACUGGAGUUGGAGACGACACUGAAGGCGCAACACAAACACCUCAAAGAGCUGGACACACUCAGGGCAGAGGUUUCACAGAAAGCUGCACAGAUAGACGCGCUGACUGACCAGCUGACGGAGGAGAAGAAGAGGAGCAGAGAUCUUCAGUGGGUCGUGGAGAAGGAGAAAUGUCGCACCGGGAGAACUGAAGAGAGUCAACGAGAGGAACUGGAGGACCUGCAGCUCACCCUGGAGGAGCAGAAGUCCCAGCUGGCUCAGCUGAAGCUCACCCUGGAGCAGGAGAGGCAGGCCUCCUCUCAGCUCUCCCAGCAGUCCGAGCAGGAGCGCCUCGGCCUCCACAGACGCCUGCAGGAGCUCCAGGUCCAGCUGGAGACCGAGCGGGCCAAGGCCCAGGAGAUGGACACGGCGCUGGGGAGGGAGCGGGAGCUGCGAGCUCCGGACGACUCCAGAGGCCUUCAGGAGGAAGGGGCUCUGCUGGAGAGGCUGCAGACGGAGCUGGACGACAAGCACGCACAGGUGGUGCAGCUCCUCAGCCAGGUGGAGGCCCAGAGGCUGGAGGUAGUGCGACGGGACGAGGAGCUGACGCUGACCAGCCAGAGGUCCAGACGAGACCAGGAGGCGCUGCUGGAGGCCCGGACCCAAAUGGAGGCGCUGCAGUCGCAGAUGCUGGAGGUCCAGGAGCAGCUGGAGACGCAGCUGGAGAAGAGAAUGGGUCUGGAAGAGGAGAAGGAGCGACUGGAGGAGAGGCUGCAGCAGCUGGGAGAGCAGAGAGGAGGGAGGCAGGAGGGUGGAGCUCUGCGGGAUGACGGGCAGAGUGCCGCACAUCACAGCGAGUCCGCUGACCGAACCAAAGACUUGCUGCUCCAGCAGAGGACUGGAGGCCUUCAGGCGGCGAGCUCCGGCGCCUCCCCUCACAGGGAGACGUCUCCCACGGCGCACGGCGGCGGACUCCAUCACGGCCCCUGGCGGACGGUCGACAAGAUCGUGGGAAGGUUGCACCUCAUUUCCUCAAAGAUCCACAGCAUGGCCAGCAAGAACACCGGCAGGCUGACUGCAGAGGUGGACAGUGAGGAGCUGUCCUGGGUCCAGUCCAACGUUGAGGAGGUGAUCUCCAUGCUGCAGCAGUCCCCCGGUCUCCCCUCCGUCCCCGAGAGCGUGUCCCUGCUGGCGGGAGGCUCCUCCAGCUCCUCCAACGCCCUGACGGAGCGGCUGCUGCGGCAGAACGCCGAGCUGACGGGCUUCGUCAGCCGCCUGACCGAGGAGAAGAACGACCUGAGGAACCACACGCUUCGGCUGGAGGAGGAGCUGAGGCGCUACCGGCACGCCGUGCCGGGAUUGGACAGCAGCUCGAGCAGACGGGACGUAUCCAACGUGGACUCGUCGGUUCUGCUGCUCUCUCAAGAGCAGGAGGCCUGGGCCCGAGAGAAGAUCCGCAUGGAGAAAGCUUUGCUUCUGGCUCAGGCCCAGGUGGCUCGGCUCAGAGGGGAGAUCAGGUCCGAAACCAUGCGGGACAUAACCGGGCCCGAGGCCGACAACUCUGCACUGAAGAGGAUGUAUGGGAAGUACCUGAGGUCAGAAAGCUUCCGCAAAGCGCUGAUCUACCAGAAGAAGUAUCUGCUGUUACUGCUGGGCGGCUUCCAGGAGUGUGAGGAAGCCACACUGACGCUCCUCUCCAGGAUGGGGGGCCGGCCGUCCAUCUCCGGCCUGGAGUCCUUCAACCAGCGGCGCCGAGGCCUGAUGCGCUUCCGCUCGGCCGCUCGAGUCGCCAUCGCCCUCUCCAGAAUGCGUUUUCUGGUGAAGCGAUGGAACAAGGCGACGGGGAUGAGCUCGACAACCUCCUGUGGCGUCAACAAGAAUGGUUCGGGACAGACUCUAGGUACUGAGGCGAGGGAUUCUCCGUAUCUCCACCCCGGCAGCGUGGAGCUGUACAGAGGAAGUGGAGGAGGAGGAGGAGGAGGAGCCUCCAGCAGAGGGAGGAGCGGACGGGAAUCCCCCCGAUCAGCCAUGUCCUCAACACACCACCGGUUUCAUACGGCUGGAGACCACGGAGCUCUCACCUGUUCCCACCUGCAGAGCUACGACCCCGACCGAGCCCUCACCGACUACAUCUCCAGACUGGAGGCCCUGCAGAGGAGGCUGGGCAGCGUCACAUCAGGUGCUUCUUCUUCAUAUGCUCAAUUGCACUUUGGCUUGAGGAGAUAAGAUGCUGUCAAGUUACUUUGGCUUGAAGAAACUCAGUUGCCUUUUCUCGUGCUGAGCGCUCUGCUGUUUUCUAUCGUUCUGCUGUGGACUGUAUCUUUCCAUGUGGACCAAAACUCAUCUUUUUUUAAUUCGUGUACUACAUGUUGUAUUCAGGCUUUUUCGUCGCCAGCACUUGAAAAAAAAAAAAACAAAUAACAGCGAUGUUUGUAAUUGGAUCUGCCUCCUUGUAGUGGAUGACCUACAAUCCUGUAUAUUUGUCUGAUGCUAAUUUAAGAUUCUCCGUGAUUAAUUUAUAUGUCUGUGUUGUGUGGGUGGAGCGUUAUGUAGAGGAUGUUUGGGUUUACUGUUGAGGAGGCUGCUACUGGAUAUUCUACACUACACUGUGUUUCGUUUUGGCUGGACAGACUACAGAGGACAUUUGUAGAGAGCGUAUUUUUGUAAAGCGUAGGAGCUUUGAAUUUUCUGGGUAUUUUGUCAAAAACUGAAAUAAAGAUGACUUAAUUAUUUCAAA